UGGGGAAGGGGCGGGGCGAAGGCAAGCAGGUGAAACCGACUCCUGUCCUGACAGAACUUUGAUUCUCGGUGCCUGCCCUGCGGAGCGCGUGCGGCGGCGGCUUCUCCUGUUCGUGCAGGCGCAGCAGCAGCCCUGCGUGGCGCCGGGAACGCAGAGCGCUGGGCCAGGUAGAGGAUGGCUUGAGGGCGGCGGCGGAGCGGGGGUGAUCAUCGCGGACUCGGGACGGAGCCAGCCAGCCAGCCAGCCUCGGGGGAGCAUCAUGGCCCAGGAGCUGAGCCAGGCGGAGCUGCUGGACUUCCUGUGCCAGGCGGGGGGGCGAGUCACCAACGCCGCCCUGCUGGGCCACUUCAAGCGCUUCUUGCGGGACCCCGGCGCCUCCCCGGGGCAGCUGCAGCGCCGCCGCGAGCUCUUCAAGGGCUUCGUCAACUCCGUGGCCACCGUGCAGCAGGAGGGGGCGCCGGGCGCGGCCAAGUACGUGGUGCUCAGGAAGCGCUAUCGGGAGCUGGUGGGAGAGGAGCCCAAGCCACCUGCCGCCCACGCCCAGGCGCCCGACGAGAGCCAAGCCACCCCGCCGCCUCUUGAAGUUCAGCGCAGCCGGGCACAGCAGCAGUGGCAGCAGGGCCGGGCCGGGUGGGAGCGCGGCGCGCCCGGGGCGCAAGGCGAAGGUUGCCGCCGCCGCAGCCGCGAGGAGCGUCCCCGGAACCAGGAGGAGCAGCAGCAGCAGCGCAGCGCUAGCCUCACCUGCAGAGGCUGGGCCCAGGAACUCCGGGCUUGCCCGCCGCCGGGGCCCGGCAGGUGCCUGCCCGGGGAUCUCCGAGGAGGAGGAGGAGGAGGCGGCGGCCCUGCGGCGCAGCUUCCUCCCAGCCCUGCGAGUUUCGGCUGCCCGGGACGCCUUCCCGAGCGACGCGCCCAGAGCGAUCCCAAGCAGCAGCAGCCGCAGCAGCGGUGGCCUUUUCCCGGCGGCGUCCCGCUCUUCCCCCGGCGGGAGGCGCCGCUGCCGUCGCGUCGGCCGGCUUUACCCGUCAGGGACCUGGGCGCGCCUCCAAGGGACAGCCACCCCCAGCAGAGGGUUCGCGAGUGGGUGGAGAGGGCGCACGCGGAGACCCACCACUCCCGCCUCUCCCCCGACCCACUCCCGCCCCCACCCGAAGAAGGGCCCUGGCGGCCAGCCCGGCCCUCCUCGCCCCCAAGCCCGGCUGGCAGGAGCCCUUCUCCGCCUCUGGAUGCCCAGGGAGGAGGGCAGCCCCUCGCCGUGGGGCUCUGGCCGGACCGCGUCUCCGUCUUCCGCAGCAUCCGAUCCCAGCUCUUCCUGCAGGAUCUGGAGGACUUCCUCGAGCAGGAGAGCCCCGCCAGCGAAGACGGCAGCAGCGCCAGCGGGGGCAGCGACCGCGAGAACGGAGCCCUUCCUCCCCUGCCUUCGGGCCAGAAUGGCUACAGCAGCGACCCCGUCGAGGCCGCCUUGGCGAGGGCAAAGGGGUCCCCCUGCAAGCCCCAGGCGAAUGGCCUGCUGCCGGCGACCCCUCCCCAGGGGAGCCCACCCCAAGAGGGCACCACCGUUCCAAGGCGCAUCGGCUUGCUUGGUCAGGAGGCGCGGGGAUCCUCCUCUUCCGAUGAGCUGUUGGACAAAAGCGCCAGAAGACAGAGCAAGCAGCUGCCCACCUUCAGGAAGGUGGCCAGGCUGCCUCCACCACCGCACCUGGAUGCUCCCUUAAGUCCCCGGCCGGUCCCAAGGCAAGCACACCCGGCCGGUGUCCCAGAGGUGGGAGGGUUGGGCCUGGACGCAGAGGGAUCCACGGAGCACCGCUCCUCCUUGGUGCCCCUGGAGCCCCGAGAGCACGCCUGGUUGGUCAAAGUGGCCACAGGGUCGUGGUUGGAGGCCCAUGCACUGCUCCUCGAAGACCCACACCUUGCCACCCGGAAAGACUUCAUCUCGGGCUACACGGUGCUCCACUGGCUGGCCAAACACGGGAACGCAAAGGUGCUUCAGGACGUGGUCACCGGUGCCCAGGAAGCUGGAGUUGCCCUCGACGUGAAUGCCAAAUCUGGCUGUGGAUACACCCCGCUGCACCUGGCCGCUAUGCACGGGCACCAGCCGGUCAUGAAGCUGCUGGUGCAGAAACUCCAGUGCCAGAUCCAGGUGCGAGACAGCAGUGGCAAGAGGCCCUGGCAGUACCUGGGCAGUACCACCUCGGGGGAGGUGUGGCAGCUCUUGGGAGCCCCCAGGGGCAAAACCAUCUUCCCGGCCCAUCCGAUAGCCAGAAUCAACUCCUCGGCUUCCUCUGCUGCCAAAAAUGGCAAGAGUCCUCAGCUGGGGAGGAAAAUUAGCAGGAAAGCUUCUUUGGCAGCCUACUUGAAACCUCAACACAUUAAAUGGAAAAUGGCAAACAAAUACCCCGCGCUCCAAGAGCGGGAGGAAUACAGUGACUAAGGACUGCAGCAGGAGCUUUCGGACAGUCGAUGCUGCUGGGCUUUGUUUCCCCAGCCUGUCUCUACACGGAGUGGCUACAUUUGGUGGAGAACAAGAGGAGAAAGAGCACUUUAUAGGAGCUGACCAGUAUUGUUUGUUUCCCUUUAUUUAUUUAACUGAAAAAGACUUUAAUCCCACACAGAUGCUUCUGCGAUGGUCAUAAGAGGUGCUCUGUUCAUGGAGGCCUCUUGGAGCAUCCACCCCCCCCACUGCUCCCACUUAGUGGUCUGGGCCCCAUCACUGAGAAGGAACCCUUAUUUACACUCUCCCAUAGCGGUUUCCAGUAUGAAGGUUGGGGGAAUCCAUUUGUUUGCUCUGUUGGGGUAAAACUUGCCUCUUAUAGGAGUUGGUUUCAAAGGGUAUCCAAGGGGUUCAAAAGCAAAAGAAAGUACUACCCAUUCUUAACACUUCAUCUUCUUUCUUCUUCCCCCAAAAUGGAGGCUUGAGAGAGCUCCUAUUAAUUUAGAUGAUUGGGGAAGAGAGAUGCCAGGUCAUCGCCAAACCUGUAAUCAUAUCAGUAUUCAAAAUGCCAUUUGGGGGUGAAGAUGGCUGAGCUUUUGAACUGGGAUGUCAUGUGCACUGCUAGCUGCCAGGUACAAUUAAUUAUUUGCCUUUAGGAACAUAAGGGAGAGAGACAGACAGACUGGGGAAUCUUAAUUAGGCUGCGAUCACCUCAUUGCAGAGGAGUUUUAAACUGAAGAAAAGCUGUAAACAUUCUUUUUGGCUGAAAAUGUUAUCUCUGGAGAUAAAAGGAGUGAAUGGAAUGCAUUCCUCUACUCCCUCCCCAGCAAAAGACUGAAAAACGACGGAGGGAACUUGAUCUCAUUUAAUUAGUGUUUUAAAUCUAAUAAAUCACCAUAUAUUUCUAUACCAUUCUGUAUAUUUUAAGUGUAUUAACCUUAGGGCUGAGAGUCUCUGCAUGUUGCGGGGUGUGUGUGUGUGUGUGAAGGUACCCACAGCAGUCUAGCUGCACCUUCAUGCAGCCCCCUUGUGAAUUAUAGAACCUUUUACCCCUGGCUGGAAGAAAUUGGUAGAAGUGAACUAGCUGGCUUACAGGCCAACUUGUCCACUGUUCCCGAUCCUCCUGUGGUGGAACCUGUUUUGUAACUGUUUCCCUUGCAAACACAAAGAAAUAUUAUGCUGUUUUAACUACAGCUUUGUUCAGAAGCAAUUCCAUUUUUUCUUCUACUCCUUCCUCUUCUUCUUCUUUCUGACUCCACCCCGUCACACUAUUACAGGAUCCCCACUGGGACAAACAUCCAAACGAUAAAACACAGAAGAGUACGAGAUAGAAUACAACAGAACCCCAAUCGGCUUUUGAGGAAACCUAGGGACACAGCUUGAAAGGCACUGCUGUAAAGUAUAUAGACUUGUUGAGAUAAACUUUAAGCUCUUGAUUUUACAAGCACUGUAUUUCUCAGACAGGACUUCAAAGCUCUCUUCUACCUGCUGCUCUGUUAGGGGUUCAGCAAUGAGCAGAUUCCCCGAGACCAGGUCUGCUGCCAUCUAGCAUGGCUUUGACCAAGCCAUUAUUCCCCCAUUAUGGCCAGAGAGUGGCCUUCUUUGCAGACAGUUGUAAAGAUAACUGAUAUAAUGAAUGUAAAUCACUCUGAACACUUGAAAAAAUGCCAUAUAAAAGCUACAUAUGACUACAAGAAUAAUUCAGCCUUUCCCAGAUCCAGUCUUUAUAUUUGUAACUUUCUGCCUGUGACCGACAAACAAAUUUGUAUUACUCUCCUAAACCUGUCCCCCGCCCCCCAACGCACACUCUACUUCUACCAAAGACAACCACGGGGCUUUGUGGUCCCCAGGAGUCCCCAGACGGCACACUUUACCUUUACUCUCUCCUUUGCAGACUUGAUUAGGAGGGCUGCUGUUUUUUUUUUUUUAUCAGAGUAAUAAUAAGGUUUCAUCCAGUGCAGCACACUGUGGGAUCUCAGAGACGACAAAGGAGGAGGAAAGUUCACCCGCCAAGAAGCUACCUUAAUCUAUUUGCAUAUGUUUCUAUAAUUCAUGAUGUUUCUGUCAGCCAGGGGAAGGACAAAGAGCAAGGCUACGCACUGACCUUCCUCUUGCUUCCAGAUGCCUAGAAAUCCUGCUCAUCCGCUGUCAGCACAAGUCUUUUGAGAUUCUAGCAGGUGUUGCCUGCAUGCUUUCAAUCAUAUUUGGAACCCUAAGGACUAGAAACUUGCUUUCUUUAAAAAACAAAAACAAAAAACACCCCAACAUGCAAUAUCUCCCAAAUGCUGAAUUCUGUCCAAAGGAAAAAGAGAGGGAAAGAAUCUCCAAAGGACUAAUAAAUUGAUAAUCAACCUUUAUUCAGUCUCAGAAAACUCACUGUAUGCUUUUUGAGCUCACACACUCUUCCUCAGAGGCAACAAUGAUUAUACUGUUAUCAUUUCAAAAUCAUAUGUGUUGUGUCUGUAGAAAAAUAUAUUUGUAGCAAAGAACUCAAAACCCACAAAGCAAGGCUUCUAAGACUGAAUAAAGUUUAGCAAUUUUAUGGCAA